AUAAUAUGGAGACUCGUGAAAUUACCUUGACGCUAAGUCUUGCGCCGUCGUCACUGAACCACCCCAUUUCCACACCAAACACGAAAAAUCAAUACCGUGUCAUCUAUAUUUUAGCCAGGGUAUCAGACCCUGUAUUUUAAACAAAUAAAAAAACGGGAUGUGGUGAACCUGCGCUGUCGAGACGCUGUUGUACCUCUGGUGUUUAAGGAUUGAAUCAAGCCACUCUCGAUUCCAAAUUGUCACAAUGUCAAAUACUGUGUUGAUAACGUUUUUACAAGUCCUAGACGUGUGCCAUUUGAGGUCCAUGGAACUCUAAUAUAAACGAUCAGCAACUCAAGUGCCUGCGAUAUACGAAGGUAGGUGGAGUUAAAUAAGACAGCGGUAAAAUGAAUGAACCUAGUUAAGAAUCAUUGGACCAUGAGAAAAUGAAUGAACUUAAUCAAGACCCAUUGGACCCUGACAAAAUGAAUGAACCUAAUCAAGAACCAUUAGACCCUGAAAAAAUAAAUGGACUUAAUCAAGAACCAUUAAACCAUGAGAAAACUAAUGCACCUAAUCAAAAACCAUUAGGCCCUGAAAAAAUGAAUGAACCUAAUCAAGAACCAUUGGACCAUGAGAAAAUGAAUGAACCUAAUCAAGAACCAUUGGAACAUGAGAAAAUGAAUGAACCUAAUCAAGAACCAUUGGACCAUGAGAAAAUGAAUGAACCUAAUCAAGAACCAUCGGACCCUGAAACAAUGAAUGAACCUAAUCAAGAACCUGAUCAAAAACCAGCGGACCAUGAUAAAAGUGCUGAUCAACUUGGAAGCAGUCCAAAUGUCGUUAAAAAAAUCACAAAUACUGUAAGAAACGUAACCAAUUAUUUACAGUCAAAUGGAAGUCGGGCCUUUAUCUGGGGUAGACCUGAAAUUGGACCGGAGAAUAAUGCUGAUGCUAAUACUGGUAUGAGUCGACAUGCAACUGAUGGUCCAAAAGUAGCCAAUGAUGAUACGGAUUUAUUGACUACGAUACAUAUUACUCAAAAACAGAUUGAUAAGCGACUCCAAUGUACAGUUUGCUUGGAUGAAUAUGAACUUGGCGAGGAAGCGAUAAAAUUGACUUGUAGCCAUAUAUUUCAUGAGAAAUGCAUCACUCAUUGGAUUAUUAUGCAUGGUACGUGCCCGGUCUGUCGCAGAUACUUCUGUCCCGGCGAGCUCCAUCUUCCGCUGGAACGAGUCGGCCUGUUUCGGUCCAUCGCACGGCGCGUGUACCGCACAAUUCUCUCACCGUUGGUAUAUUUCUUUCCUAGUCUCGGUUAUGCUCAAGCUAUGUACGAUAGACGUCGGCCGACUCCAAUGUACAGACUCAUACGCGCGGAGCGAGUGACAUCGCCGCAAGAACCCGUCCAGAGCGAAUCCAGUGAAAUUAUUGACGACUACAUCUUUUGCCACGUCAUGUUCGCCUUGCAGAACGCGAACAACGAACAGCAUCCCGGCCCGCCCAAUACCGUAGCCGUGAACAUGCAGCGCAGGCGCUUUAACCGCUUUCACCGUGAACCCAACGUCGAUCCUACUGCAGGCGAAAACCCGCCCCCCGUACAAACGGAAUUUCGCUUUCCUCAUCGAUUCUCUCGACGGAGUAUCUAGGUCAUUACUAGCCCUCCAAAUAAACCAUAGUUAGUACUCGCUGAUCAAUGGCAGAGCUUAGCGAAGUAGUGAUGUAGUUAUAUAAUCCUUAGUCGAUGACGUUACAUUAUUAUGACGUUUAUAGUGCGCGCUCACGCGAUAGAAAUAUCAUAUAGUACAAUAUGUAUUAAAUACAUAUAUGACUAUAUGAGGUUAGUGAUGAUAAAAAUUCAUCUAUAGAAUAAUAUUAUAAUAAAACUCAAUAAAAAGUAAUUACAAUAUUUCUUCCUCAGUUUUUAAGACAACUGCAAGCUACAACGACUACCGGCUGGUAGGUUUAAUCGAUUACAUAAAAAAAACAAUAUCAAUUAUAUUAAUUUACAUUUAUAUCUAUAUAAGUACGAAGAUAUUACAUAAGGCUAUUCAAGAAUAAUUAUAACACGGUCUUAAAUCAUAUUCGCAAAUUCUCAUUUCAUGUAUUUUGUCAAAUACUGACGAGUAUUUUAAUAAACUAAGUAAUAACGUUAUAUUUAAAUUUUUAAAUUUUUAUUUUUUCAAAAAUUGACUACAUGUAAUAAUUAUUAUCAUUAGGGCCUGGGUAUUGAAUCUCUAAAACACCCAAAUGAAUACCCUAAAAUAAUGCAUUUACAAAAAAAACACACAAAAUUCACAAUUAAAAAAGUAAAAAAUUUCUUAAUACAAAAAAACUAAAACAAAAAACCGCAAAAACGUGAAAAAUUUAAAUUAGUUAAGCAUCUAGUAAUUUAUUAUACUCAUGUCUAAAUGUCUAAUAUGUUAUCGAAACACAUUUUAAGCUAAGAAAACAUUGUACAUGACGUUCCAAAAAAAGAUGCAAUAGUCAUCAACAUCCAUGUCCUAAUCAUCAUACACAUAUUACCUACCAUAUUAUUAGUUCGCCUACUAAAUACAUACAUUAAAAUGAAAUAUUAUUAAUUUUAUUAUUAUUAUGCCAUACAAUAUUAUAAUCCUGAGG